CAGCCUGGUCUACAGAGUGAGUUUCAGAACAGCAAGGGUUACAUAGUAAAACCCUAUUUCAGGGGGAAAAAUUUUAUUUGGAGGCACUAAGUAGUAUUCAAAGAAAAACUUUAGUUAAAUUGAAUAGUUUAUUUGAGCAAGGAUAAUUCAUGUAUCAGGCAGCAUUUGGUACCAGAAAGAGAUUCAAAGAGUUCUGCUCUGCAGUGUGGGCAGUGUGUUGAUAGACAGGAACUCAGAGUGGAGUACAGGAUAGCUUUUUGCCUUACUUGAGCAUGGCUUGAUCAGUUAGUUUCCUGUGACUGGCUGAAGCUCAGUGGCUUUAUGGUCUUGGCUGAGAUCUGGCUUUCUGCUGUAAAAUUAGACCCAGUUAAGUUUGCAUUCACUUGUCAGCAAGUUGUUUUAUAGUUUGUUCUGUAGGAAUGCAAGUUACAGAGACAGCCUCAGUCCAGAUAUCUUCUGCCUAUUUAAUAAAUUGACUUGUGCAAAGAAGGGGCAGUGUUACCAGAGAAGACUAAGCCUCUCUGGGUUAGAGCUUGGCUUUGAAGUCUUUGAGAGUUUCGUAAGAGUCUUGUUAUAGUUGGACAUAAGUGAAUCCAGAGGCUCAUGUGUUCCUCCAGGCUUGGUCCCCAGGUAUUGGUGAUGUUAAGAGGAAAUUGAAUACUGAGGGCUCAAACUUCAUCAGUGGAUUAAAUCCUUGAUAAAUCCCUGGUUAUUCAUCUGAAUAGACUAGUAGAAGGUAUAGCUUGUCUGCAGGCCUUUCCUCUUGUCUCCCUUGGCUUCCUGACUUGUGUGAAGUGAGCAGGUUUCCCCACAUGCUCCGACCACCAUGAUGUUCUUUCUCACUACAUACCUUAGCAACAGGACAAGUCAAAACACACAUGGACUGAAGCUCUGAAACCACGAGCCCAACCCCCUCCUUUCCCUUUUCAGUUGCCUUACGGCUCUGUGGCGAAGAUUGGGCAGAAUCGUUACUAGUGAGGCCUGGAGAACUCGGGUGUUCAGGAUUGCUUGCAGUUUGCUUCUGGACAGUAGCAGGAACAUGGCAGAAGUAUUUUGUACUGGGUAGCUCACAAUAUCCUAUCAAGAAUAGAUGAAAAGUAGGACACUUCAGUGUACUAGAAGUAUUCCCUAAUUCAAAUGCGGGUUUAGGGAAAGAGACAAAAUUCUGGUAUACACUAGAACAAGCUUAAGGUCAGGGAAGAACUUGGGCAAAGCUGACCCGAGCAGUUCUCUUUGAGAAAGGUGAUGCCCUGGAGGGGACUUUUUGGUGACAGCGGCUCUUUUACAUUUGCUGAUCUCUUACAUGCCACACAGUGGUGACUUACGUCACUUUAUGCACGGUCUAUAUGCUGGUACUGCCUUUCCAGCCUGGUGUCCUGGGGCAGAAGUAAGCCCUAGAGGAAUUUACUUACAUGAGUAUUUUCUCAGUUCUCUCCACACAAAAAAGAAACAGUAUGUGGUUGGAGAUGUUGCAGAGCCCUGGGAGAUCAUGAACUCCUUCCGAACAAUGGAUGCCCUUGUGCAGUACAUUGGAUUCUACUGUAGAACCUGAACUGAGAAGAGGUGUAUGAGAGGAUUCUUUAAAAAGCACGCAUGGAGAACAAAGAAAAUAGAAACAUGCAUGAAAAAUUUAAUUUGGAGUUCUAUAGUGUCUAAAAAUAUCUUAGUGUAUUCUAAUACGUAAUAAGGAGUUUGGCAGGGUUGGGAUUUCUAAAUGAGGCAUCAUUCUCCUUGAGAUAUUGAAGACAUUGGCCUUUUCUAGGAUUAUUAAUGAAUAUUUAAAAACUAUCCAUCAGUAACCCAUUUGCCACGUGCUCCAGUGUGAUUUGCUGCUGUGAAUUGUGUACAAAAGGACUGUUUGAUAUAAACACUGGCAUGUGACUUGGCUUUUGUGCCUCUGCAAGACCAUGGCUGCUUGUGAAUCGCAGGUUCAGCUGUCAGGUUUGUGUUGCAGAUGUAUUCCCAUACUUGUUUAUAUUCUUGAGAAAAACUCCUUUCUUCUAUCAUUCCUUGAAUUGUAGGAGAGAACACAUUCUAAUAUUUUCACCUUGCCAUUUUCAACCUGGAGCCUUCGUAGACUUUACAUAAUAAUCCUAUAGUAUAGAUGCUUAGCAUUUUAUAUUUAAGGAAAUGGAGACCCCAUUAAAUUUAAACCCUAUCUGACUGUUAGAGGAUAAUGCCUUUUGUGAUAAUAUCUUCUUUAUUCCUUGAAAGGCAAGCGCCAGCUACAUGAAUUAAUUAUAGUUCCCUUACUGUCUACAGGUAAUAGUAGUUUACAUUUUAUGAUAUGGGGAGGAGUAAAACAAUACAAAACCAGAGACAGCACACCGGCAGCUUUGGUGGGGUUAGCUGUAAACUUCCUGUCACCGGAAUUUUGAAAUGCCAUUGCUAAGGAAAAGACUGUAUCAUUACACAGGAAAUCCAAUUGUGUUGUGUAUCUUUGUUUUUGAGACAGGGUCUUGCUAUGUAGCCCUGGGUGGCCUGGAACUCUCUAUGUAGACCACCUGCUUCUACCCCCUGAGUGCUGGGCUUAAAGGCAUGUACCACCAUGACUAUCAGAAAUUGAGAUUUUAAAUGCCUUUUCUAAUAAAGGAGAAACACUCAGAUUAUAUGGAAAGAUGUUUUAUGAACCAAGAGCCAGUCUUGAAGUGUGUGCGUGGUAAAGAAAAAACUGAUCUUAGAACAAAGAUUUAGUUGUAAGACUAAACCAUCAAGUUUAAUUGGAAUGAAGUAAGGUAGAGUAAGGCAAAAAUAAUUUAAUAAAAUGAGAAAAAUUCUUGGGAAUUUUAACAGGCAUAAGGGGAUGGUAUCAUUUAUUACUUCUGAAAUAGGAAAUUAUUUGUUUUAAGUGGGCAAAGGUUGUUGGUAGAUUAUAGAUUUUGAAGCACUCCAGCACAGUGGAGAGGGGCUGGAGCGGCUAAUGCUUCAAGGGAGUGUGUUAGAGCGCACGCGUUGUUAGGGGGUCAUUUGAAUCUGCUGUGUUGAUUGGCUCUCAUUAACCUUGUCUUAAUGACUCCUGAAUUCCUCCUAGAAGUAAAAUUUACGUGGUAAUUCUCUGCUGUAGCAGUUGAGAUCCAUCAGACUUGUACUUGAAAGAAUAUCUUUCCUUAUGAAUUCUUAAUCAUGGCCAAGACAAGCAGCAGAUUAGAUAUAAAUCUAGAAGCUUCAGGAAAGAUAAAAAGUAUAAUGUUGAGAUCUAUUUCUGAAGUAACCAAAAGCUGGAAAGGAAAAGAGUCAGAAGAGGAGGGAAGCGUGGCCAGACACUACAGAAACGUAAUAGAUGUGGUAAAAGGCUCGUCGUCGUUCUGAGAAGAGACCCUAUUACUUCAUCCAGAAUGGCUAAGUAUUGAUCUUGCUUUGUUUUCUAAGGCAGCAGUUCGGUGGAGGGCAUCAUUCUUCUGAUACAAGCGUAAAACAUUAGUGGAGUAGCCCUUUAAUCAAUUCAUUGGUGAAAAAGGAAUGAGGAGCUUGGCUCAAUGCCUCUCCUGUCAGUCUCCCUAUCUGUUUAUUGCUGAUUUGACGGUCUCUAGUCCUCCUUUGCUGUUAAAUGUGUGUGUCCUUUGUUUGUGUGGCUCGUGGGGUUUGCUCCAUUUGGACGUGAGAGAAAAGCCGCCUUUGCCAUAUUGGGCUAAUUAGCCUUCUGGGUGAGCAUAUAUAUUAAACAGACCUUCUAACCAUGAAAGAAGGGAGUUCACAGCAGCGUAGAUUUUCGUCAUGUGCUGGGGUUUCGUCGGUUUUAUUUCCUCCACGAAUUGAUGGCCGAAAGCUUGUCCGGAAUGCUUCAUUUGGAGGAUACAAUGAACUUUCUCCUUCCUUGCAAGGUUUCGAAAGAGGAAAAGAAGAUAUUUCUCAAAAUAAAGAUGACUCUUCACUGUCCAUGUCCAAGAGCAAGUCUGAAUCUAAACUUUAUAAUGGCUCAGAAAAGGACAGUUCAACUUCGAGUAAGCUCACUAAGAAAGAGUCUCUUAAGGUACAAAAGAAGAAUUACCGUGAGGAGAAGAAGAGAGCCACGAAGGAGUUGCUCAGCACCAUCACAGACCCCUCUGUCAUUGUCAUGGCCGACUGGCUGAAGAUUCGUGGUACCCUAAAGAGCUGGACCAAGUUGUGGUGUGUGUUGAAACCUGGGGUGCUUCUGAUCUAUAAAACACAAAAAAAUGGUCAGUGGGUUGGCACAGUCCUUCUGAAUGCCUGUGAGAUCAUUGAACGUCCAUCAAAAAAGGAUGGCUUUUGCUUCAAGCUUUUUCAUCCUUUGGAGCAGUCUAUUUGGGCAGUGAAGGGUCCAAAGGGUGAAGCCGUUGGAUCCAUAACUCAACCCUUACCUAGCAGUUACUUGAUUAUCCGAGCGACUUCAGAGUCAGAUGGAAGGUGCUGGAUGGAUGCCUUGGAGUUGGCUUUGAAAUGUUCUAGUCUUCUUAAACGCACAAUGAUCAGGGAAGGAAAGGAGCAUGACCUGAGCAUCUCAUCAGAUAACUCCCACGUGACUCUGUACGGUUUGCUGCGUGCUAACAAUCUCCACAGUGGCGACAACUUCCAGUUGAAUGAUAGUGAAAUUGAAAGACAGCACUUUAAGGACCAAGAUCUGUAUUCUGAUAAAUCUGACAAAGAAAAUGAUCAAGAGCAUGAUGAAUCUGACAAUGAGGUGCUGGGGAAAAGUGAAGAAAGUGAUACAGACACAUCAGAAAGGCAAGAUGAUUCCUACAUUGAGCCUGAGCCCAUUGAGCCUUUGAAGGAGACCACCUACAUGGAGCAGAGCCAUGAGGAACUCGGAGAGGCAGGUGAGGCUUCUCAAACGGAAACUGUGUCAGAAGAGAACAAAAGCCUUAUCUGGACUCUGCUCAAACAAGUCCGUCCUGGCAUGGACCUGUCCAGGGUGGUUCUUCCUACAUUUAUUUUGGAGCCCCGUUCUUUCCUGGAUAAACUUUCAGAUUACUACUAUCAUGCAGAUUUCCUGUCUGAGGCUGCUCUUGAAGAAAAUCCGUAUUUCCGUUUGAAGAAAGUCGUGAAAUGGUAUUUGUCAGGAUUCUAUAAAAAGCCAAAGGGACUGAAGAAACCAUAUAAUCCUAUACUUGGUGAGACUUUCCGUUGUUUAUGGAUUCAUCCCAGAACAAACAGCAAAACGUUCUAUAUUGCUGAACAGGUGUCCCAUCACCCACCAAUAUCAGCCUUUUAUGUUAGUAACCGGAAAGAUGGAUUUUGCCUCAGUGGUAGCAUCCUGGCUAAGUCCAAGUUUUAUGGAAACUCACUUUCCGCGAUACUAGAGGGAGAAGCCCGGCUAACCUUCCUGAACCGAGGUGAAGAUUAUGUGAUGACAAUGCCGUACGCUCAUUGUAAAGGUAUUCUCUAUGGCACAAUGACACUGGAGCUUGGGGGAACUGUCAACAUCACCUGUCAGAAGACUGGAUACAGUGCAGUACUUGAAUUUAAGCUAAAGCCAUUUCUAGGAAGUAGUGAUUAUGUUAACCAAAUAUCAGGGAAACUUAAACUGGGAAAAGAAGUCCUAGCUACUUUGGAAGGCCAUUGGGAUAGUGAAGUUUUCAUUAAUGACAAAAAGACUGAUAACUCAGAGAUUUUCUGGAAUCCGACACCUGACAUUAAGCAGUGGCGAUUAAUAAGGCACACGGUCAAAUUUGAAGAGCAGGAUGAUUUUGAAUCAGAGAAACUCUGGCAGCGAGUAACAAGAGCUAUAAAUGCCAAAGACCAAACAGAAGCUACUCAAGAAAAGUAUGUUUUGGAAGAAGCUCAAAGACAAGCUGCCAGAGAUCGGAAAACAAAAAAUGAAGAGUGGGCUUGUAAGUUAUUUGAACUUGAUCCACUCACAGGAGAAUGGCACUAUAAGUUUUCAGAUACCCGACCAUGGGACCCACUUAAUGAUAUGAUACAAUUUGAAAAGGAUGGUGUUAUCCAGACCAAAGUGAAACAUCGCACUCCAAUGGUAUGUAACAUAAAAGUUAGUGUUCCAAAAAUGAAGCAUAAACCAACAAGGCAACAGAAGAAAGUGGCGAAAGGCUAUUCUUCCCCAGAGCCCGACCUCCAGGACUCGUCCGGAAGUGAAGCUCAGUCUGUUAAACCGAGUACACGAAGAAAGAAGGGGAUAGACCUGGGGGACAUUCAGAGUUCCAUCGAAUCUAUAAAACAAACCCAGGAAGAAAUUAAAAGAAACAUUAUGGCUCUUCGAAAUCAUUUACUUUCGAGUACACCGGCCACAGAUUAUUUUCUGCAACAGAAAGACUACUUCGUCAUUUUCCUUCUGAUUUUGCUUCAAGUCAUAAUAAACUUCAUGUUUAAGUAGAAGUUCUCAAGAGUUGAUCACUGAACUGGAAAGAUCAGAUUUGGCCUGGGACCAGUGUUCAAAUUGGUUUGCUCUUUAGUAAAGCAUCACAAUCUUUCUAAAUCCAACAAACAAAACUAGGAGAUAAAUGUAGAAGUGUCUGCUACUUUUCACAUCUCUGUCCUUAAGCAGAAACAAGAGCUGUUCUGUUUGGUUGUUAAAAUUGGCUAUGUGUUAAGUGCCAGAACACUUGUGUGAGACUGUGCCUACAUGUGAGUAUAAUAAAUCCACAUGUGUACACAAGAACUCUUACCUGACAGUAGUUUCUGUGUUCUACCAUAUGUUAGGAAAUAUUCUGAUACCAUUGUUCAUAACAGAAAUGCCAUCAAUCUUAUAAAUAUAUGUAUAGUCAACUAUUUUCUUCAGAAGACUGGCAUACAACCUUUAUUAAGGAAUUACAGUGGGGAAAUGAUAGAUAAUAGAUAUAUUAUGACUAAGUCAAUACAUUAUACUGUUAAAACCAUCUCCAAGGUAUCUAGCUCAGUUGUCUUAGAAACACCAAGAAAAAAGUGUGAGUGGUCAGAAUUAAUAUAUUGUGAGGAACAAGUAGAAAGUUUUUAAGAGUUUACACAAGAUUUUCUAAUCCCUAGAACUUAAUGUUACAGAUGUAGGUAUAUCCGUAGUUAUAUAUAUAUACAAUCUAUCAAUAUUAAAGACUGGUCUGUAGCUACAUGGAGCUGUGUGUUACAGUCAGUCCCACCUUAAGUACUUGCUGACAAAUGGUCAAGUUUGUUUGCCAUCCUUUCCUGGUUUUAUUAAGUCAGCUAGUCUAGGACAUCAUCCAGAUGUUGUCUAGAUGUUAGUGUUUAUAGGGUAUGUGAAAUCCUGAUCAUUUGGUGUUUCUUUAUGGAAAACAUUUUAGCAUUCAUUUUGACACUGGAGUGCUCAGUGAGUAAAUAGAAGAGAAAAAUUCUAAUAUUUUACUUUAGAAGCAAAAAAAAAAAAAGGCAGUAAGAAAAGAUACUGCAGUGGCCUUUAUUUUAAGAACAUUAAAAUCAACUUGCUUAAAUGUGCAAUAAGUUGAGCAUUUGAGAAUAUGAAGUUAGGAAGUUUAUCAUCUCCUUCCAUCGUCCUGUUUCCAGCCACAGUUCUGUACAAGCCCUUUUGUCCAGGCUCAGGCAGGUUUUGUUACUAAAGGUUUUUGCCUAUUUCUUCAGUUUAAUAUUUUGACUCUUUAUUAUUGUCAAAAAAAACCCCACUUCUUUAAAAGGUUAAUUAAGUUUUGGGACAUGUCAUAAAAUUUAGAUUCCUCCAAACUACAGGUUACAGAAAGUUUAUACAGUGAAAAAUUCAGAAAGAGCUGUUGGUCUGGCUCCACCUGCCCUCAGCUAGGGAGAGAUUGAGGUGCAAGUCAGUCCACUGAGAUGGGGCUGCAGUCAGCUCUGUGUGAGGACUGCAAAGCCAAGAGAUGACUGCUUCAUUGCUGCAGCUGCUUAUAACUAUCUCCUGUACCUUCAGGUCCCACGAAAAGCCAUUUCCCACAUGGUCGGUGUUAGCAAAACAGUGCUGUACUUCAUAGGAAAAUAUUUUAAACUUUUAACAGCGUAAGCAAGGUGUACCUGUCUCCAGUAUUUCAUUAUUAUGGAGUUUGGGGUUAUAUUUCAUAUUUGUCAAUAUAUUUUUUGUAUUUCAUAUUCUACUACCAAUAUUUUGCUCAACUGCCUGUUCAUUGAUGUGAUAUUUUGUAAAUAUUGUACAACUUGAUCUUUAUAUGAUUUUAAAUUAGUAUUAAUUUAUAUUAUAUAUAACUUAAUUGGUUGAUCACUAAAAGUUGUUUCAUCGUUAAACCCUGAGAUGUUCAAUUGUUGGUGACCUGCCUUAGGGCUCUGUCUUACUCCUUUGUAUUGUCAUAUGUGGUCUGAACAGUGCUUUAUUUGUAUUGGCAUCUGAGACUGGAAAGGUAGUUGUUUUGUUUUUUAAUUUCACUUCAGAGCUGAUGUUAAUGGGUCCUUCCUUACCCAAGGAGUCAGAAGCUAAUGAACAGGGUGACUUUCUUACACACUGAAAGCUAAUGUUCAAUCAGAUGUUUCUCUGACGCUUUUAGUUGUAGGAGUUUCUUUCUGUGAACUGAAUACAAAACUCAGGAACUGGUGGAUUCUUCUAGAAGUCCUUUGAACAGUGUAGAGUUGACCUUGAGUCUAGCCAGACUGUGUGACCUGACUUUGAACAUUCUGAUUUGAGGGUUAUCUUUCUUCAGAAAUGGUUUCAUAAUGUGUGUGACUCACUCUUGCAUACUGUCUGAAAACUCCACGCAGUUUGUGACGCUAUGGCCAGUUUUCUUCAUUUACCUAAAACCUUGUUUGCUCACGUGAACAUUUAGAUGAGUAGUAAUAAUUAUUGACAUUUUCAUCUUUCGGGUGUUAAAUGUCUUUAGUUGUCCCCCGUUUAGAGAGACGUUGCUGGUUAGGAAAUACAGUCAUAGGCAUACGAGAUGUUAGUGUGCUGGUGUGUGUGUGUGUGUGUGUGUGUGUGUGUGUGUGUGUGUGUGUGUGUGUGUGGCUUAGAAAGGUACAGUGGCCAUCUGUGUCACAGCUCAGUUGACAGCUGCAUUCCAUUGAACAGCUGGCCUCGUAAGAUACAAUCCUCAUUUCCUAGUUCAUGCUUUUGUGCCUUUAAGGAGAUACUUUUAUUAUUUUGUGUUACAGAACUACAGUGUGUUCCAAGUAUUGUUGGGCUUAUUUGUCACAAAAGGUCACUUCUCUGUGUCACUUUAUUUCCUUUUCUAUAGCUGAAGACGAUGUAAACAGUCAUGCUGUACUUUUAUAAGGGUUUGUCUCGUUACCGAUUUCAAAUAUAUUCUUACUCAGACAUCAUCGAAGUAAACUUAAUUCUGAGUAUUGUAAACAGUGCCUUUUUGAUGGAAUUCACACUGUUUUGGGUGUCAACGCGUGCCAUAUUCACAGAACCUUGUGGAAGGCAGUUUUAACUUUUUGAAGAAUAUCUUCAUCAAAUUUUAAAAAACAAAUGUAUAAAAUUCCAUCUUUUUCCGGUGUUUAGCACUUCUAGUCAGCAGUAAAUAGUUUUGUUUUGCUUUCUUGUCUUAUGUACAGGGAUGAUGGCAUAAGAUGAGCCACACAUGAGCCUACAGGUUACUUUGAAUUAUGUUAAAUAUAAAUAAAAUGUUCGUGUUUAUAUCAAACUUUCCAAAUUGACCUAUAGGAGGAACUCCCAUAAUUCAAUGAGUUUACAUUUCAACCUCUUUGUUAUUUGACUACCUGUAUAAAGAGAUUCUUUAAAAUGUAAACCUGCCACCGCUGCAUAAGUUGGUUUCAUUUUGUUACGUACUUUGUGGGUUUAGUAUAUCCACUUUUUGUUACAAUUACAAUACUAUUUUGUUACAAUUUUUAAUUGAAGAUGGACUGUUAAAAUUGUACAGGACCAGGGUCUAUUAAUAAGAUUAACAUACUUAGUGAGAGCCACAGGAAAACCUUGACAAAAAUGAAUGUGUUUAUACUUUAUGAAGUAUUUAGAAAAAUUAGCCUCUUCAUUUAUCAUGAAAGUUAUUUUAAUACCAUAAUAUUGAAACUCUUUAUUUGAAAAAAAUUGCCAUGAAACCUUUGAAUGAUGAGCCACAGACCUUCAGUUGGGUUUAUAUUCACCUUUUGGCAUGUAAAGUACACAUUUAAUUUUAAAUACAUCAGUUAAUGGCUGUUUAUAAAGUCAAGAACUACCACUGGUCAGUUUUGUAUGAUAGGCAGUAAGUUACCCACAGUUUCAGUUAAAUUCUCUUAAGGUGCAUAGUAAAUGUAUAGAUAGUCACAGGCGGUUUUGUAAUGUAUACAUUUCUAAUCUAUUAUUCCUAACCUGUCAUGUUUGCAGAGAGAAAAGAAUUUUUCUAAUGAUCUGUAAAAUUAUGUUAACUUCUACAAGUAGGUAUUCUAAAUAAACUUUUUUUAAAAGCAAUCAGA